GCCUUGCUCAACCAACACCAACCAACCUUGUCUCUUGUGAAGACACGCACGCGAAACUUCUGAUCUCCAUCCAUCCACCAUGGCGGAACCGGUUGAUGUGCGGGCGAGGGCGGUGUUCCAGGAAGCCGACAGGGACGGCAAUGGCCACCUUUCCAAGCGAGAGAUCAAGCGCGUCAUGCAAAAGAACAAGGAAUUGAAGCAAGAACUGCUCGGAGACAUGGGCUGGCAUGACUUGUGGCAAGUCCUUGAUGCUGAUCAGAGCAAGACCAUUGAACUGGAGGAGCUCGUUAACUACAUGAGCAAGCGAGCCACAAACAACGCCAUGCACAAGAUGCAGCACCCUCAAAGUGUCCACGGCACCGCCCACCACCGCGCCAAGGUCCCGCUCACCCAAAACCAAAACGAGCUGGAAGGAGCUGUCAUCUCCGCGCAAUCAGCCACAACAACAACAACAACCACGGCUGGCAAAGGCCGAAGCAACGCCAACACGGGAAAUGCAGCCGUCUUGCACUCGAAAACACACCGUCCCCAAGACCCCCAGGCCAUGCUGGACGUCCUACACGCGGGACAGCCUGUGCUGAUGACGCCCGAACAGCGCGGACGAUCAAACUACUUGUCUGACGAGUCUGGCUUCUUGUCCAGUCACGAGCACACGCCAACGGGCGGCGGCAGCCGCAGCCCACAAGAACAAGAAGAAGCCCGCCACUUCAAGGGGACAGCAUCCACUGCCGCAACGACGACAGCCGCUCAGGGGGAAGAGCAAGUCGAUGUGGAGGAUGUCAGCUUGGAGGUGCAAGACGAGACGCCGCCUCUCAACACGUCCCCCAUCAACCUGCAAGCACAGCAAGCCUCGCGCAAGAUGCAGUACUUUGACAUUGACGACAUGGGCGCAAGCGGCGCCUUCUCGUCCGCGGCUCCCUUCCGCCGCCGCGAUGAUCAAGAUGAACACCUCAUUGAUACUCGGGAAGUGUCCUCGGUUGCCUCACACGGAUCCUCCGAGUUCAUCAACUUCGAGCUGGAUGACUCGGAGCUGGACAUGUACGAGGGCGAAGGUGCAGACACGCGCUCCCGCCACCCACACAUUCGCCGCCGACAUCGUGGCCGCCGCCACCGGGACCGCCGCAAGCCGAGGACCCGGCCCGUGCCACUGCUCACCCGCGUGCUUGGCUUCCUGGCUGCCCUCUUUGUGUUGGGCCUGCACGUGGCCAUCUUGGGUGCCACCGCUGUGAUUGGCGCGCUCACAGGCACGCUUCACCGCACAGAGCUUGAGGAUGAAGAAGACGCGCAGCAGGAAGAGCAGGCGAUGGAGGUUGCACGCGCCAUGACCACCACCUCCUCAGCAACUUUGACAACAAGACUCGUCACUGAGCACCCUCCACAACAACAACACCAACAACACCAACAACACCAACAGCAGCGUCAACAGCAACAACAACACCAGCAACACCAGCAACAGCAGCGUCAAGGCCAACGUGGACUCUUUGCAAAGAUUGCCAUUGCCAGGGACAACUGGGUACUGGCUGCCAAGGACGCUCUCUUGUCUCUGAUUGAUACAUUGAGCACCGCCAUCAUGCGCGCAGCGCACGUGACGCCCAACGCUGCCGUGCGACACGCAAAGCAGCGAGUGCGGUCCAUCAAAGCCUCUGCACGCUCCACCGUCGCCAACAUCUUCAGGAAAACGGAGGAUCGUGUGAAACGCAUGGCGGGUGCGGUUGUUGGAUUCCUGUGCCUGUGCGUUGCCGUGUAUGCCGGUAUUCUUCUUUCGAUUGGCGCCACAGUGCUCAACAUUACCCGCACGCUGCUGCGUGGCGGACAGCGUGCGACCGCGUAGACGCACGUACACACACGCAUGUGCGGGCGUCUCUAUAUUUCAAGGACCGCCCGUCAAGUGUGCACUGCUGCAGUGGCACCUCUCUGUUCCUUUCUCUCCAUAGUUACCACCUUCCGUCCCUCCUGACGUGACCUCUUUUCCCUUUGACCUCCCCGCUUUCUUUCUUCAUUCCGGUUGCGUUUUUCAAUCGCAUGUCUGCACGGUUACAGCUUCUUAUAGAUGCCCACACAGCAGCAAAUAUUAUGACAUGAAUGAACAGCGAACGCACAUUGAACACAUGGC